GCAGCUUAUCGGACCAAUGGGACGAGGUUGUUGCAGGAACCUAAUCAGCCCAUCACUACACAGCCCUCAUCACAUAAACCUCUGCUGUGAGUGAAAGCGGGCCAGAGCUGACCGCUUACGAGAUCCUCUCUCAUACUUUGAUCGACACUGGACGACAAGUCUCUGCGUUUUGGAAACAUUAUAGCUCGUCUUUGGGGAAACUUGUGGACAAAUAGAAAACACGCGUGGAAGUAAAACUACUGCAGAUCCUAACAUGACGGUGUGUGACGGUUCCUCCGUCCCCGCUCCGCUGCUGCCUGUUGGUGACUUCAAACUGUGACGUGAUAUGAAAGCAUUAAGGACUAACGCGGUUUUUACGCAGCGUGAUGGGAUUAGAGAAGUUCCACUUUUUUGAAAUCCACUCUACCAGGAAAUGGCAAGUCGUGCCACAUUGAUGGAGCGCGCAGUUGUUUUCAUAUGCAGCGUGUUCGUCCUAACCAACGUUGUCUGUGUCUCCGGGUCUCCGAACCACAGCCGUCGGCUGGUCUGCUGGAAAGCCAUCCUCAAGUGCCAUGGAGAGCCGGAGUGCCAUUACGCGUACGAUCAGUACCUUUACGCGUGCGCGUCUGUCCUCACCGGAGAACUCAAGAAGUGUCCCAGCCACUGCAUAUCGUCUCUGAUCCAGCUCAACCUCACCCAGAGCGGCCCGGCUCUGGAGGACUGCGACUGCGCUCAGGACUCGGUGUGCCGGGGCACGAAACAAGCCAUCGAGCCGUGUCUGCCGCGGACCAGCACUAUGGGCUGCACGGAGGCGCGGCGGCAGUGCGAGGCGGACGCGUCCUGCAGCUCCGCCAUGAGGGAUUAUUUAUUCCACUGUCGGAAACUCUUUGGUGGGGAAAGGUGCUCGGAUGGCUGCCGCAGGGUGAUCGCCAACAUGCGCUCCAUACCCAAGGCGCAGCAGCUCGACACUUGUGUGUGCGAUGGCACGGAAAGGAACAUAUGCGAGUACAUAAAGGUCAGCAUGAAAACUUUCUGCUAUGAUUCCACCGACAGGCUCGCUGGGAGCGGGUUUUCUGACACUGAAGACGACUCUGAGGACGAUUACAUCGACCAGGGGGAUUAUGUGUAUGUGGACAGCUCGAGGGACUCCUCCACACCUUUUUCUCGGAGUGUGCUCACAAUCCUGACCUCCAUUUUAUUUUUAACCCAAAUUCUGUGAAAAAGGCUGCUGCCGCAAUGAACACGCGUCUGAAGAAUAUGUCUGCCAUGUUUGCCUUAAGACAAAAAAAAAAAGUUUGGUUUUUAAAUUCUGCCCAAAGAUUUUACCCCUGUACACAGAUUUGUACAAUUUGGGGCGUUUGCUGUUUAUCACUCAUUUCAAAAGCAAGUUGUUCAGCAGUUCAUAUCUGUAUGAGCUACACAAACAAACAGACAUUUAUAAUGUUUAGGGAUGGCUUGACACACUUUUCUGUGUCCAUGAUUCCAAUAUCACUGAUAAAACCUUGAAUUUCUGCUGAUAUCUGUCCGAUCCAGUAGCUAUUUCUUUGUUUGUUUGUUUUUAACACCCAUUUAUAACCAGCCAUUUCAAAAACACAACUGCAUGGCAGACAUCUGCAGCCCUCACCCACAUCAUGGUCACGUUACAGUGGUAGUGGUGGACAUCUCUCUUAAAAAAAACAUUGUUGCCUGUGAAGGCUUUCACAUCAUUUUAAAGGCUAACUUUUGUGAUUUUGGCCAGUGUCCGACCAUGACUUUCACAUGGUCUGAUCUGUAAGACUUGUUUUAAUGUAUAUACAUCUUUAUAAAGGUAAAUUGUACAGUA